ACAUUGAAGGAUUUGUCCCCAUGCUGAUUGCUUCUACACCCAGCUGUGGGAAGAGUUGCUGCAACUAUUAGCGCAGAAGUGGAAAAAUAAGACCACAAAAUGGUGUAAAGAUUCGGCUCCUUGUGGAGAGACAGUCGCCAAGUCCGCCGAUUCCAUUCGCACUUGGAAAAGUAACUUCACGUCUUGGCAGUGUGACGUCAAGGAGCAGGCACCGCUCCUCAUUGCGCAUGCGUUCUACGAGCUAUUACGUCAGAGGGAGGGAAUGUGUCUUCCGUGAGGAGAUUUCUUACCCUAAUUUACAGAAAUGGAUCUGACUUCUUCCAUGAAAUCCCUGUUGCUGGCUAUCACACAGUAUAAAAAUAGCAAAUCUGAACAGAAUGCUUUACAAAUCCAAAGGCAAUUGGAUAUAAUUUGUGGAAUGAAAGCAAUACACAUAUUUGCAACAAAUCAAAGUUUGCCAAGUGAAUGUCUGAACAGUCUUGUGGAGCUUGUUGGUGAUCCUAACAUAAAGGUGACACUGACUCUGAAGAUAAUAGGAUUACUCACUCAAUUAGCAUCAGGUAGUGAGACCAGAGAAAUAUUGCAUACAUACAACCUUAUCAGUGCACUUGCAGCAGUGGUUCAUCAUAACAGUACAACUCCCAAAGAACAAGUGGUAUUGCAGAGCCUGCAGCUUCUACAGAAAAUAACUUAUAACACCAGAGUGUUUCAUUGUGGUACAAAUGUUGAUGAACUAAUUGCAUUUCUGGUGAAACAUGUUCAAGCCCCAGAAGAUGAGCUCACUUUACCAUGUCUAGGAUUGAUGGCAAACCUUUGUCGCCACAACUUCUCUGUUCAAGCCUAUAUAAAAUCAUUGAAUUACAUUAAAGGGUUUUAUCGAUCUCUUAUUAAAUUCUUAGCUCACAGCAGUUUAACACUAGUGGUUUUUGCACUUUCUAUACUAUCAAGCCUAACUCUGAAUGAAGAGGUGGGAGAGAAGCUAUUUCAUGCCAAGAACAUCCACCAGACGUUCCAACUUAUAUUUAAUAUUCUGGUCAAUGGAGAUGGAACACUGACCAGGAAAUAUGCUGUAGAUCUUCUGGUGGAUCUCCUCAAGAAUCCCAAGAUUGCAGAUUUCCUUCAAAGGUACGAGCAUUUCAAAUCAUGCUUAUGUCAAGUGUUAGGUCUUCUUCGUGGUAAAGAUUCAGAUUCAGCAGCUAAGAUCCUUGAAUUACUAGUUGCAUUUUGCUCAGUGAACAGUCUCAGGAGAAUAUUAUGCCAUGCAGUGUUUGGAGCUUCUGAAGAAAGACUCACAGCAGCUAAACUCAAAUCACAACUUAAACCUUCAGAGCCAAUUAUUACUCUUAUCCAUUGGUCAAGUCAACCACUAGAGAAUCCUGAGAGGUGUUCAUUACUUGCUCUUGUUCUUCUAAAAGAGCUAUUUGAGGAAAUAAUUGACUGUACCCUUUGGGUCACAGUUGAGCCAUUUAUGGAGCUGCUUUUUCCUGUUAUCUUGGAGCAGUUAAAGAUUCCAGACCAGUCUUUAGAGGAUGCUCUAUUAAAAAAGAAAUAUGAGCGAAUUGCAAGGGCACUUGAUGUCCUUUUGGUGCUUUGUGGAGAUGACACAGCAAAAUUACAGAUUGCUAAAGUUCUCACUGCCAGGAAUUGUAUUUCAAUUCUGGAGUAUCAGUUUACAUACAAUAGAAUGGAUAUUGGCUAUCGGAGCAAUAUAACAGAUGUGGAACUAUGUAAAAUAGGUACAGAUAUUGUCUUAAAGACUCUUACCCUUAUGAGUGAAGUCAAACAGUUGGUGCCGAACAUGGAAGCAAACUUUUAUAAGAUUUUGCAGGACCAGCGACUUACUUCAGCUUUGUCAUUUGCAUUGACAUCUGAGCACAGAGAGUAUGUACAGUUUGCUUUAAAGGUUCUGUUUGAGGCAGCACCUUUGCCUGAUUUUCCUGCUAUUAUGCUUGGAGAAAGCAUUGCUGCCAAUAAUGCUUGUAAGCAACAGAAUUCUGAUCACGUGAUUAAAAACAUACCUGUCCAGCAGCAAUCAACAAACUUACUAACACCAAAGUGUUCAAGCACUGCUGAUGCUGCCAGAUCAAAUAUUCAUGAAUUAAUUGAUAAAUUGCAAAUGGGAGCAGAGCUGAAGGAACAAGUCAAGGAUGUUAGGCUUUCAGAUGUGAUGGAUGUCUAUGAACAGAAGCUUUCCUCCCUUGCAUCCAAAGAAAAUCGUUUACAAGAUUUGUUGGAAGCUAAAGCACUGGCCUUAGCACAGGCUGAUCGCUUGAUUGCCCAGUAUCGUUGUCAAAGAGCCCAUGCAGAAGCAGAGGCACGACAAUUAGCUUCACUUCUAAUGGAUGCAGAGAGAAAAAAUGAAGAACUUGAUGGAGUGUUGAAGACUCAGCUGCUGGAAUCUGACCGUGCCAAGGCUGAUAUUGAGGAGCUUUAUCAACACAAUUGUAAACUACAAGUAGUUGCUGAAGAGCAUGAGUCAUUAAAAAUUACUUCUAAAAAUCUUUCUCAAACACUUGAUAAUGUUGAAAGGCAAUUUAAAGAACUUCAAAGUGAACAUAACUCAUUAAGCAAACAAUGUGAAUUAUUCAAAAAGCAAAUUGACUCUCUUAAGCAACAGAAUGAUAGGUACAUCGCUCUGUUGGCAGAGUUGGAAGAACAGAAAAAUGAUUUGUGCAUUCAGUUACAGAAGAAGGAUAAUAAAUUAUUAGAUUUAGAACAAAGGUUCCAGUCACAACUUGAGAAAACAAAAACAACGGAAAAGGCGAAAGAAGACUUAGAAGAAGCCAUUGGUAUACUCCAAAAGGAUCUUAGCAAGACUGAGUUAGCAAGGAAAGAGCUCAGCAUUAAAUUGUCAUCCUUCGAAGUCCAGAAAUCCCAGCUUGAGGCACGAUUACAGCAAAAAGAAGCCCUUGUUCAAGCUCAACAGGAGGAACUCAGCAAACAUUCUCAGAUGAUAGCAAUGAUUCAUAGUCUUAGUAGCAGUAAACUACAAUCAAACACUGUAAAUCUCAGUUUGUAGCCUUGCUUAUUUUUGUCAUUUUAAUGUGGAAAGAAAUAGGAAAUGUCUCAAUUGUUAGCUUCAAGUUUCUGCAGUUGGAUGAUUAGAUAUUCAUUCUGUGGGAUUCAAGCUACAAAUCAUUUUAACUAGAAUUCAUAACCAUUAAAUAUAAAGUAUUUAAAAUCUGUUUGCUUUGGGUGCAAGUAUUUGAUGUUGCUUGAAACUAGACUGCUUUGGGUACCAUUACAAGCAAGAAUAUUGGCUAUAAUUUUGACGUAGUGAUUCAAACCAGAUUUUUGUAUAACUGUAUUACCAGUCUUGGUCUGUAAUACAAUACAAUGCAUAACCAAAACUUUUAGUAGAAUGUAUAUUGAGGGGGUAUCACUUAGAAUUUAGGCAAUAGUUAUUUCAAAUUUGAACAACUCUAUACCUAAUGAUAGAGUAGAAUUCUGCCAUUAUAUUAAUACUAAAUAUAAUUGUCUUUCAGUAGAGUCCUACUAAAUUCAAAUUUAAAUUCACCAGUAUUAUUAUACUAAAUACUUGGAAACAAUUGUUCAAAUCUUAUGCACAUUUGUAAAGGAAUUUUGAUACUCUUCUGAAACUGCAGUGUUUAUGCAUAUUCUUAUUUUCAAUUAGCAUGCACAACCAAACUUAAUUGUACAUCUUUUCUUCCUUUGUCUAUUGACAGAAUAAACUCUUUAAAUACUAAUAAGUUUAAGCUUAGUGUUAAAAUUGUAUAGACAAUAUAUAAUUACAUAAACAUUUGUUUUGUACAGUGUAUCAAUGUUUUUGAUAAAAUUACUACUAACUCUGAAUAAAUAGCAAAUGGAUUGUACAUAUUUCUGCUCUUGAUAGUCCUCUUAAAACAUUGGCCAGAGACCACAUUAUUCAAUCAUAACUGGAAGAUGCACUUGGAGGAGUGAUAGAUGUUAUCAGUUGGGAGACUGAAGGCAUAUGCAUCAAGUGCAUCAGUGGGUUUUUAAACUUCAUUUUUGAUGGAAACAUGUACAAGGAAUGUGCAGCAAUUUCAACUCCAUUAUUUAAAGGGCUGAUCAUACAGCAUCAUUCAACUGUACAUGAAAGAAAAAGGGAAGAAAGGAUGUAAACAAGCAUAGUUGACAAAUAAAGCCAUGCCCAAAUUCUUUGAUACUCCUUAAUGUGUUGCUAGGCACAGUGGGGAACUGGAAAGCCAUUUUUGUGGGAUGCAAUCUGCAACAGGAGUAAAGGUGACCUGCCUAUGUGUGACUUAAGAGAUGCCACACAAAGGUAUAGUACCAUACUCCUGGGUGUGGUGCCAGAAACAAUUUGACUAAUUUAUUCAUAUCACAAAAAAUUGAAUAGGGAUUCACAUUCUGUGUGUAUCUUAAGAUCAGUGCAGCUCAAGAGGCACUUAAACUUAUGGAGUCCAUGCUAGCUUCCUGUAGAUGAAUCUAUUCUCUCCCAUAUACUCAUUCUUGUGUGUCCUUAUCAAAUUCCUUCUCAGUCUUACUCCACGGAUACCAACACCAACCUCUCUAGCUGAAUCUUGUAUCUGAAACUGUCAUCCUCCUUUCUGUAUACAUCCUCUCUAAGACUUCCCAAAGUAUGGUGGCUAGAAUUAGAUAAAAUAUUCUAGUUAUGGCUUAAAGCAUGUUUAUUAAUAAACAAUUAACCUUCCUAACUUUGUACUAUUUAUUUGUAAACUUCGUUAAUAAUUCCCUCAACACGUCUUAAAACUUUCAAGGAUUUAUACAUCCCAGGUCCCUCUGUUCAUAAAGAGUCUUUGAAACUAUAUUGUCUAUUCCCAUUUUAUUGAAGCUUCUGCUUCUCUCUAAUAGGUUCCAUCUGCCUUUUGGCUAUACAGUUCCUCAUUUUAGAAUCCGGUGGUGAUGUCAAUAUUAACCACAGCUACCAAGCUGAGUAUCACCUGCAAAUUUUGACAUCUUGUCACUUAUGCUCACAUUCCAAGUUAUUGAUAUAUAUACAAAAAUGUAGUCUAAUUUACCUUUUGUCUUGCAGAUAAGCCUUUGGAUAGUUUCCCUGACAUGCGCUAUGAUCAAUACCCUCACUAAUUCUCUGUUUCCCGCGAUCCACUCAGGAAUACUCAGGCAGAGUCAGUGUGGGCCCACCUCUAUCUCUUGCAAUGCCAUGGGCUUCAGAUCUGCAUAGCCCUGCCUACCUUCACUCUGCAACAUCACUGCAACCUGCCUCACCUGGUGCAGAGGAGUUACUACUUUAUGGUUCUAUAUGAUAAUGUAAUCAUACAAGCCCUCCACUACACAUCACUAUUCAAUAACCAUCAUUGUUAUCUAGUUAUCAUAGGCAAGAUUCAGUUAACCCAUGGGCCCAACAAUAAACUAAAUUCCAUGUAAAGUAUUUUUGUACAGUUAAAAUAUUGUACAUUGAUUAGCAGUUUAAAGAGCAGAACAAAUGCAGCAUGAUGUUUGAAAGGAAUUUUGGCAAGUUGGAGCCAACUUCUCAGUUUAGGCUCUUGCCUUUUGAUCAUGAAAUUAAAUUUUGUACAAAUAUUGUAUGAAAUAAAAUCAAUGACCAUGAAGUACAUUUAUUUUGUCAAUUCUGUGGUAUUAUUGGCUUGGUUCUUUCCAAAGUUCUUGAUUUUGAACCCAACCAAUUGAUCAAAUUGUAAUUGUGAGAAUUAAUGUCUUCCCAGAUAUGCUGCCUCUAGACCAACAAAAUAAUAAAUAUGUAAUUUCUCUCACUUGUAAUUUAACUACACUUUGUCCUGCUGAGUAAUUCGAACCGACAUGGAUGUUUUUAGUAGACCAAAACAUUUCCAUAUUGUUUACAACUUUAAAAAAAAUACAAUAAGUAGUCUUAAAAAACAACUUUUAAUAUUUAAAAAAAUUUUGGAAAAAAUUACACCAAGUGAUAAAAUAAAAGAUUAUAUCAGUUUUGGAAAAAUUUGAUUUCUGUAUAAUAUUAACCUGCUUUAUUUAUACUAUUCAUAUAGUCAUUUUAUCCAGAUGAUUGAUUAAAGCUUGUUGCCUCUCUGUUUCAAGUCUUAAUAUUUCUUAAAUCCUUGAGAAUUUUCUGGUAUUCAUGUGUGUUGCUCCUGACCAGAGUGUAUCUAAUAUAUUUUGUUUUUAUUUCUUUGCAUCCAGCAUACCUUAGUCACAAUAUUAACUAAAUGAUAAUUUUGUGACAGAAGUAUGGUUUUUAUUGUUAAAAUCUAUGUUCAUCAGGCUGAGCACAAACUAUUGGGUUAUUAGGAAAAUAGAUUACCUGGAACAUGGUUCUUUAUACAGUAAUUGUGUCUCAAAUAUAAUGUCUAUCAUCUAUUUUGAAAUUAGAUCCUCCUCGGCCUGUUUAGAUGACUUAGAUAAACUUUUAAGUGAUGCAUCUUUUCCAUGUCAUAUCAGGCAGAUACUCCAGUUGAAUUGAUCCGUUUUUGCUGGGAAUGGGAUUCAGAGGCAAAUAUAGGAGACAAAAUAGAUGCAAGAGUGUACCUCAAACAUAAAUAAAUAGGUCCAAUCUAAAACAUUUUUGAUCAAGCCUUGGAGGCGUUGUAAUUAUAUUUGUCCUACUGUUCAAU